UAAUGCUGGCUAGUUGUUCAUCAUCAUGUUUCAAAAUCCGUCUUGGAAGACUUGUAGAUUAUGCCCCGAUGAAAAGUUCUACGGAAUAAAAGACUUUACUUUCCAUUUACGCGAUAGUCAUUGCAAAAAGGAGGGUGGAUCUUUUACGUGCCACUAUGGUACAAAUAAUUUAUGUCAGUAUUUACCUUUGGAGGGUGUGUCAGAUAGAGAUUAUGAGCAGCAUGUGUUGAAAAUACAUGUAAAAAUUCCAGCAGAAAUGACCGAACUUGAUUUAGCGCCAGUUUUGCCAACAAGCGAAACGCCAUCGCCGCCCUCAGUGGUCGCUGAUCAACAGAAGUGGACCUAUUACAAGGCCUCUGUUAACAUGCCAGCACUCUUGAAUGAUCCCGCGAAAGGAAAACAGACUGACAUUUUCACACAGACGUGGGGCAGUGAAUUCCAGCGAUUUGAUGUUUCGCCGACUAAACGAUUGCCUGAAAUAUCUUCCAAAGUCUUUCGUAGUUAUAUAAAAAAGACUCAAUCGCGGUUCAAGACGCAUUGCAACGAUGCAAAUGACUGUCCUGUGACGCCUCCCGCUCCUUCGAUUGAACACCAAAGGGAGUUUCAGUUGAACGAAGAGCUCAAAGCAAUUCCUCAGUUUUACUCGCUCUCAUCGUUUGAUCUGAGCGACAGGGAUUUAUUCUUCCGAGUUUUUCCACCUGACAUAGUUCCGAUGAAAUUUGGACCGAGCGAAGAAUCCAGCUCGUCACCUGGUAGUUCAGUCUACAACCUCAUGAGUGGGUUGAGAAAUCACCAUGAGAAGCUGGCCCACUACCUGGAUGUAAUUGAGAUGCACAUAUCUUCGCAUAUUUCCAAACAGAGCUCCACGUUUUUUAAUGCAAUGACAUCGCAUGGCGACAUCCAGAAAGACAUUCAAAGGACUCAACUGGCGGUAGAAGCCACAAGAGAGAAGCUUUCAGGAACUCACGAGGUCACAAUAACAAACAACUUGAGGCUGCUUCCUUUGAUCCAAAAGCGUCAUCGGCAGUAUCAGAUUUUCUCAAUUCUAAGGAUGAUAGCAACCGUCCAGCAAACCCAGCCGACGAUUCAGUUAUUGCUGGCAAAUUCUGAUUACACAGGUGCUCUGGAGUUAAUACAAUUCACUCAGGACAUUUUGGCCAAAGAUUUAGUUGGAAUUAAAGCAUUCCGUCAUUUGAAACCUCAGCUGGAUGAGCUGAAAAACGUUAUAGACGCGAUGGUCGGAAACGAAAUCCGAACAUACUUCAGCGAGGAUCUUGCCAGACCAUUAAUAGACAGCGAGAACUUCGUGAGCAAUGCUCAUACGCUCUCGCAACUAGUACAAGCUUUGCUUCAUUUAAAGAAGUAUAGUUUUCUAGAACUCUACAAAGAGGAGUGUAUUCUUGCAGUCGCACCUUUGUUCAAAAGCAUAGUGAUAAACACUCUCAGUCAGAGUGACGCGUCUGAAAUUGAUACUAGAGAAUCACUUUGUGCUCAAAUGCGUAAACUUGACUUCAACCAAUGGCUUGGAUUGUACAAAGAAGUGUUGUCUAAAAUGAUGCUGUUACUGAAGCGAGUUCAUGCCACUUUAUCUCUUGUUUUGGAUGAGGAUAAAAAACGAAUCCUGGAAGCAGAACAACCCCAGCUUUUAUUAGGAGACUCCCAAGAUCUACAAAGAAACGUGAAGCAAACGCUGAAUAAUUUGUGUGACCAGAUUCAUGAAAAGUGCAAAACGUUGCUACUGUCAAGAAGCAAAAACGGAUUCUUCGAACGUUUGUCGAUGUCUGAGUUUGUGCGGUUCACACGAACGUGCGAAGAGUUUGCAACUAGUACCGAAGCUUUAAUGGACCGCAGAGGGUCGUCUGUGAUAAGACUUACUCUUGCCUCAUGUUCGGUUUCGUUUAUAUCGAAGUUUCACGACGACCAAAAAAGUAAAUUGGUUAUCUUGUUAGAAAGUGAGCGCUGGGUACAAGCAGAAAUACCGCUCGAGUUUCAAAAUCUAGCAACCGAUAUAGAAGAAAGCGGAUUUUUUGAAACAUCUUUUGCAGAAGCACCGCGAUCUUCAGAUAGAAUCUUAGAUCGUUUAGCAUUCAAAGGGACAAACUAUACACUAGUUGGAACUAAUUUGAUUCUGCUCAAAAUGAUUUCGGCUUAUUGUCAACUUGUGGAACAAGUUCCCAGUUUAGCUAGCGAUAUACUGACUAAGGUGAUCGAACUCAUUAAAUUAUAUAACAAUAAAUCAUACCAACUUGUGUUAGGUGCACAGGCAGUUGAAAUUCUGCAGCUGAAGUCAAUCAAUUCCAAAAACCUAGCGCUCUGCUUUUCGUCUCUCAGGUUCAUCUCUGCUUUUUUGCCCGAUUUGAAAUCAUUUUUUGAACGUCACCUGGCCUCGAAUCAACAAAGCAGUCACUUAAACGAAUUGCAAGUAGUAGGAAAAGACUACGACCAACAUUGCAAUCAGUUAAUAUCCCAGUUGUACAGUAUACUGGAGAAGACGGUUGAAAAGCACUUGGUUAAGUGCUUGAUGGACCUGAAACCACCGGCUCCAAGUGCUACAAUGCGGAACCUCACGAACUUAAUGGGAAAAUUUCAUCAGGCAGUAUGGGGUAUUCUACCUGAAAAGAUGUGUCUGAAACUAUUCCAAAAGUGCAAUGAAUUCAUAUCGGCAAAAAUAACGACACUAAUUGAAAAUGGGACAAUUAAUCUAAAAGACGACGACAAUAGUGAUAGUCCGAACCAGAUUUUACUGCUCUCAGAAAUGAAUUUUUAUCAAGAUUGUAUAAAUAGUUUGACCGGAUUAGAGGGAAUCACUUUAAAUAAUUCUUUAAUUACCUCCUAAUUUAUUGAUCAGAAUUCAAAAUAUA